UAUAUGACCGUUACAAUCCCACAAUUCAAAUUUUCCCCAAAAAUUACAACGAUCGAAGAGAAGAAAAACGACCGUUUUCACUUUUCAACUCGGCUUCGAAAAUGGCUAUGGAGGACCAAGAGCUCAAGGACCCAGAAAUGGCGGAAGCAGAGAUGCAAGUUAUCAGAUCCAGAGCCACAGAGCUCCUUCUCAGAGAAGAAUGGAACGACGCCGUUUACACCUACUCCCAAUUCAUCACGCUCUGCAGAAACCAAACGGCGGCUACAGAUCACCAUCUUCCGAAGCUUCAAAAAUCUCUUUGUUUAGCCCUCUGUAACAGAGCUGAAGCUCGAUCCAAGCUCAGAAAUUUUGAAGAAGCCUUGAAGGAUUGCGAUGAAGCUUUGAAAAUCGAGUGCACCCACUUCAAAACUCUGCUCUGUAAAGGUAAAAUUCUUUUGAAUCUCAACAGGUACUCUUCGGCAUUGGAAUGCUUCAAAACAGCUCUGGUUGAUCCACAGGUAAGUGGGAGCUCUGAAAAUCUUAAUGGGUAUCUCGAAAAAUGUAAAAUGUUCCAACAUUUGUCCAAGACUGGAGCUUUUGAUCUAUCUGAUUGGAUUCUAAAUGGGUUUAGUGGGAAACCCCCAGAAUUGGCUGAAUUCAUCGGUCCAGUGCAGAUUAGAAGAUCUGGGAUCAGUGGACGCGGGCUUUUUGCGACGAAGAAUGUAGAUUCUGGGACGUUGCUGCUAGUCACCAAAGCAAUCGCCAUUGAAAGAGGGAUUUUGCCAGAAAAUUGCGACGAAAAUGCUCAAUUGGUAAUGUGGAAGAAUUUCGUUGAUAAAGUCACCGAUUCUGCCACAAAAAGCACCAAAACAAAGAAUCUGAUUGGUUUACUUUCGACUGGUGAAGCGGAGGACGAUCUCGAUGUUCCUGAGAUGAGUGUCUUCAAGCCAGAAACAGAGGAUCAGAUUAGAUCCACAGAAAUGAGUAAAAUCCUCAGUGUUUUGGACAUCAACGCGCUAGUUGAAGAUGCAGCUUCCGCGAAAGUUCUAGGCAAAAACAGUGAUUACUAUGGAGUUGGGCUGUGGGUUUUAGCGUCAUUCAUCAACCAUUCAUGUAGUCCCAAUGCAAGACGCUUACACAUUGGAGAUCACAUCAUGGUGCACGCAGCUAGAGACAUAAAAACAGGGGAAGAGAUCACAUUCUCAUAUUUCGAUCCCCUCUCGCCAUGGAAAGACCGAAAGAGAAUGUCAGAGACAUGGGGUUUCAAUUGCAAAUGCAAACGUUGCAGAUUCGAAGAACAAAUGAGCAAGAAAGAAGAGAUAAAAGAGAUUGAAAUGGGAGGAGGAAGUGAAAGGGGCAGGGGCAUUGAAACAGGGGCUGCAAUUUACAAGUUGGAAGAAGGAAUGAGGCGAUGGAUGGUGAGGGGAAAAGAGAAGGGGUACUUGAGGGCCUCAUUUUGGGAGUCAUACUUUGAAGUGUUCAGUUCGGAGAAGGCAAUGAAGAAAUGGGGAAGAAGAAUUCAAGGAAUGGAAAUGGUGGUGGAGAGCGUAGUAGACGCAGUGGGGAGUGAUGAGAGAGUGGUGAAGACGAUGGUGGAAAGGUUCAAGAGGAAUGGUAAUGGUGGUGGGGCCUUGGAAAUGGAAAGGGUUUUGAAAUUGGGGCGAGGGGUUUAUGGGAAGGUGAUGAAGAAACAGGCUUUGAGGUCACUUCUUGAGCUUGUUGGCAGCCAUGAAUAUGCCUACUAGCUUCUAUACCCAUCACUCUGUUUUUUUUUUUUUUUGUGUUCUUCUCUGUUUUGUUCUUCCCAUAUGCUUCUGAUUUGUGAAGCCUUUUUUGUUCUCUAAUUGUCUGAAUUGCUUCCUCGAAUUAAAAAGGGAACAUGUUCCAUAAAGAUUCAAACAGCAGUUAAGGUAA